AUGGCCCAGCAAAAGCCCAAAGUGCUAUGCCUAAGCUAUCCCGAGUUCACGGACAAGGCGUACCUCGCUGACUUCCAAACCAAAUUCGAGCUCCACCCAGGAUACCAGUCUCUCACAUCUCCUGCCCGCGCCGGCCUGGUUCCCGAACUAGCGGCUCGGGUGCGCAAAGAUGGGCCCUUUGACGCAGUGAUCGUGCGCAUAGGCACCAUUGUCUUCGAGCCAUUUGACGCAGAGAUGCUUUCUCCUCUACUCCCCGACUGUCGCAUCAUAGCCUCUGCUUCGGCAGGGUAUAAUGAAUUCGACGUAGACUGGAUGACUCGCAACGGCAUAUGGUUCUGCAACUCUCGCAACGCCGUGUCAGAAUGCACAGCUGACAUGGCGAUUUUCCUCAUCCUGGCCGUGCUGAAGAAUGCUUCUGUUGCGGAACGAUGUGCGAAAAGCGGGGUUUGGCGACAGGGCAUCGAGGGCGUCAGUAGGUCUCCUCGCGGGAUGGUGUUGGGUAUUAUUGGGAUGGGUAGUAUUGGGAAGUAUCUUGCUAAACGAGCAGACGUGUUGGGCAUGAAGGUGGUGUAUUACAAUCGGAACCGCCUUGCGGAGGACGUUGAGAAGCAGUAUAAUGCUAGAUACUGCUCGACGCUGGAUGAACUGCUUGCCUGCUCGGAUGUGAUAUCCGUCAAUUGCCCGCUGAGCAAAGAGACUACGAAUCUGCUUGGGCGUGAACAGUUCGAGAAGAUGAAAGACGGGGUGUACUUUGUCAACACUGCCCGGGGACAGAUCGUUGAUGAAGAGGCAUUGGUAGAUGCGUUGAAGUCCGGAAAGGUCAAGAUGGCUGGUCUAGAUGUGUUUCCUAACGAGCCUAACAUCAAGUAA